AUGCGGUGGUGUCCGGUUCUGGCUGGUUCGAUUCGCCACCUGCUGCAGCUGGGAUUGGGGCGGCUCGGCAUGGUGUUGGGUUUCCCCGGCGCCUGCCUUCCCGGUCUCUCCCCUCCUCCUCAGCUUCAUCGUCCUCCACUCUUCGAGUUAAGGCGCGGCGUGCUUCCCUCUGGAAGCCAUUCUCCGGUCCGCCUCCCCUUCCAGUCGCUCCUCCUCGUCCGCACCCUCGUCCGCCCCGCGAUGCCCGUGUCGAUUGGCGACGAGUAUUAUUCAUACUCGCCGCGGCCCUUUGUCGUGGCGUCGGCCGCAAGUGCCCCUCCUGCCUCGCUGGCCGUGUCCUCGCGCCUGCUGCCCCGCCCGUUCACGCCGAGGCGAAAGUUGUCUGCCCCUGGCGUGGCGCCUGGUCAUGCGCCCGCGUCGCCACCUGCUCCCGCGCUCGCCCCGGCGUCCGCUCCCGCCCCUGCCCCUGGGCCUGUUGUAGCGUCUGAUCCUGGGCACGCUUCUGCGCCUGCGCCGGUGGUUCCACCUGUUCCCGUGGUGGUGCCGGCGCCCGUGCCUGUGGUUGCGGCGUCGUCAGCUGCUGUUGGAGAAGCCUCCGCGCCGCCGCCGGUUGCGCCUGCCGUGGCGCCUUCUGCAGCUGCUGGUGCGGACCCGACUUACCAGCCACCUCCAGCCACCAGCGUCGGCCUGAGCUCGGCGGAGGUUCAGUCGGCUCGCGUGUCGCCUCCGGAUGCUCCUGCGCCUCUGCCUGCGGCAGUAACCGUGUCGCCUCCGAAUGCUCCUAGGUUUGUAGCAGGCCCUGGUACUCCUGUUGACGUUGUAGGCGCCACCGUGUCUGUGGUCCGCCAGUUGUGGUUGAACACGAGCGGAAUGCUCGCUGCGGUAGAGGCGGACCGCAUGUAG